UGAUGAUGCGUCGCGACUCGUGCCCCCUGGACUGCAAGGUCUACGUGGGCGACCUGGGAACCAACGGGAACAAGACGGAGCUGGAGCGCUCCUUCAGCUACUACGGACCGCUGCGCAAUGUGUGGGUGGCGCGAAACCCGCCCGGCUUCGCCUUCAUAGAGUUCGAGGACUCGCGGGACGCCGCGGACGCGGUCCGGGAGAUGGACGGCAGGACGCUGUGUGGGGUCCGCGUGCGAGUGGAGCUCUCUUCGGGGGAGCGGAGGAAGCGUUUCCGUGGGGGUCCCCCGCCCUGGAUCAGACGGCCUCGGCACGAGGAUUAUCGCAGGCGCUCACCGCCACGCAGGCGUUACUCCAGGUCGCGCUCCAGAGAGAACAGACGAUGGGAACGAUCGGUCUCGCGGAGCAGGGAAAGGCGAGAUGUGUCCAGGUCAUUAACCAAAUCACACAGCCGAUCCAGAUCUAUUGAAAAGAAGUAGGUUACAAUGGAAGUUUGCCCCUAUGACUGCCCUCCACCAGCACAGGGAGUCCACAGGUCAUUAUGGCUGUUGUGAUCAAGUGACAAUUAACAAGCAGU